AGAUUUCUCUUGUCCGUCCUCGCCCAGCAGAAGGAGGCCCGAGGCUCUGCGCGACGCUGGCCCGCGGGGUGUGGGGGACUUUUCCUCUCAACCGCCGGUGACCUACGCGUGGGUGAACUGUGGGACGCCGGGCAGGCGACUUCUCCUCUACGGGCCUCGGUUUUCCUGCCUGUCAAAUGGGGCUGAUGCCGGCGUGGGAUUUCUCGCGCGGUCGCGAGGGUUGAGGGUGGACCCCCGGCUGAGCAAGCCAGCCGCGCACGCGCUCCGGGACGGAGGUCGGGGCUGGGGGACGUCGCCUCCCGCCCGCGCGCCCCCAGCCCCGCCCCGGCCCCGCCCCCGGCCCGCUUCCUCCUCCCGCGGGCGGCCCAGUUCUGGCGCCCCGCGCUCCGCGGGCAGCCCCCUGCCACCAUGUCCGCCGGCUGGUUCCGGCGCCGCUUCCUGCCUGGGGAGCCGCUCCCCGCGCCGCGACCGCCAGGGCCGCGUGCCAGCCCAGUCCCCUAUCAGCGGCCCCGCUUCCUGCGCGGCUCCUGCUCCAGCCCCGGCGCGGCAGAAGCUUCGCGCCGCCCAGACUCCCGGCCCGUGCGCAGCCCCGCGCGAGGACGCGCGCUGCCUUGGAACGCAGGCUACGCCGAGAUUAUCAAUGCAGAGAAAUCUGAAUUCAAUGAGGAUCAAGCCGCCUGUGGGAAGCUGUGCAUCCGGAGAUUUCCUGACGGGCCAUUACUGGGCACUGUUUGAUGGGCAUGGAGGUCCUGCAGCAGCCAUCUUGGCUGCCAACACCCUGCAUUCCUGCUUGCGCCGGCAGCUGGAGGCUGUUGUAGAGGGCUUGGUAGCCACUCGGCCCCCCAUGCACCUCAGCGGUCGCUGCAUCUGCCCCAGUGACCCCCAGUUUGUGGAGGAAAAGGGCAUCAAGGCAGAAGACUUGGUGAUCGGGGCACUGGAGAGUGCCUUUCAGGAAUGUGAUGAGGUGAUCGGGCGGGAGCUGGAGGCCUCAGGCCAGGUGGGCGGCUGCACAGCCCUGGUGGCUGUGUCCCUUCAGGGAAAGCUGUACGUGGCCAAUGCUGGGGAUAGCAGGGCCAUCUUGGUGCGGAGAGAUGAGAUACGGCCACUGAGCUCCGAGUUCACCCCAGAGACUGAGCGGCAGCGGAUCCAGCAGCUGGCCUUUGUCUACCCUGAGCUUCUGGCUGGUGAGUUCACCCGACUGGAGUUCCCUCGGCGGCUGAAGGGGGAUGACUUGGGACAGAAGGUUUUGUUCAGGGAUCACCACAUGAGGGGCUGGAGCUACAAACGUGUGGACAAAUCGGAUCUCAAGUACCCACUGAUCCACGGACAGGGUAGGCAGGCUCGGUUACUAGGAACACUGGCUGUCUCCCGGGGCUUGGGAGACCAUCAGCUCAGAGUCCUGGACACAAACAUCCAGCUCAAGCCUUUCUUGCUCUCUGUCCCACAGGUGACUGUGCUGGAUGUGGACCAGCUGGAGCUACAGGAGGAUGAUGUGGUUGUCAUGGCGACUGAUGGACUCUGGGAUGUCCUGUCCAACGAGCAGGUAGCAUGGCUGGUGCGGAGCUUCCUCCCUGGGAACCAAGAGGACCCACACAGGUUCUUGAAGCUGGCCCAGAUGCUGAUACACAGCACACAGGGGAAGGAAGACGGUCUCACAGGGGAAGGGCAGGUGUCCUACGAUGACGUCUCUGUGUUCGUGAUUCCCUUGCACAGUCAGGGCCAAGACAGCAAUGGCCCCUGAGGAUUCAGACACUGUAUCCCAGAACUGCUCCAGUGUUUGGGUGUGGUCUGGGCAUCCUUCCAGUGUGACCAAGAGCAAAUCCUGCCCGCCCUAUCCCCAGCCACAGCCCAGUGCUCUCGGUGGUUACCUUGACACACAUCCAUCUCAAGAGGAACAUUUAUACCAGGCAGUCAGAGCUGGAAGGGUGUGGUGAGCCCAGCCCACCAGGUCCUGACUUUUGCAGUGAUAACCUCUUUGGCAGAGUGACUUUACAACUUAACCAGGAAACCCAUGUGAGGCUCCUCAGACAGGCUCUUCAACAGCCCAAAGUAUCAUUCUCAGAUAGGGGCACCCAGGGUAAGAGUAUUAGCCAAAGAUGCCAGGAUGGGCAGCUAGCCCAUGUUUAAAUACAGGUCUCCAGUGCAUGGAUGUCAGGGCAUGUGUUCAACAACCCCUGAAGUCCAUGCAAGGUGCCUUGUAGAAACCUUUGGGCAGCCUCAUUUCUGCUAAAACAGCCAUCUUCAAGACAGCCCCUGAAGAGACCAACUCAGGUCCUGCCCUGCUGUCCUUUGCUGGAGAUGAGGAACAGGCUCUUGGGCUAAGGUUCAGGGUAGAGCACAAGGGACCAGAGAAGCUCCUGGAGUUGGCUGGGUGAGAGGGCUCUCCAUUUGCUGCUUGUAGUAGCCUGCCUGCCAACUGGUUGCUUCUCCCUAGUUCCAGCCCUGCCCUGGUCUGAUGCCCCAACUCUGCCUUUGCUUUGUUGUUCCCUCUCGCCUCCCUAUUAAAUGCUGUGUACAGAAGA